AUGUCUCGAGUCAAGAAAUUAUUGGUCGUAGCCACUGGUCUCGUCGCUGUGUAUGUAAUACUAGUGUUUUUCUCUAUUUUUGGUCGACCGUCAUCGAAGCCUACUGAGCUUUUUGAGCUGUUCCAACGAACAGAAGCGGCUAAAAAUGUGCUGGACGCGGCGAAAUAUUUGCUGGUGAACGUAGACAAAAACGACACAGAAACAAGCGACUUAAAGGUCGUACCCUUCUUGAAAGGUUUGAAUCAACAUACGUGGGAAAAGAAUUGUCAAAAAAGUCUCGAACAUCUUUGCAAUUUUCCAAUAUUUCCCAAGGCACCUGAUAUACGAAGCAUUGCAGAUAAUGUUGACAUCACCUCGUCUACGAAAGAAGUUGAUGGCAUUCGAUUACUGGGAUAUCUUAAACCGAAUGUGACUGGCGAAUUCCUUUUCUCCGUUAAGUCAAAUGGAUUUGUGGAGGUCUGGCUAGGUAAAAGCACCAGUUGGGGAGAGGGAACGAAAAUCGCUCAAUACCCAGCCAAGCCUGAAGAGUCUUCAUUAGGUGUGAAGUUGUUGGCCUAUAAAAAAUACUACAUAGACAUAGUGUACGCGCGUGGGGGAGAAAAUAACGGUGCUCAAAUUCAGCUUUUAUGGAAAAGACCGGAUCUAACUGACUUUGAAGUUAUUGAUGGGCAGUAUUUUGCUCCCUACAAAAAUGACAGUGAUAAAGCUCGAAUGAAAGUUUACGACGACGAUUUGCCGGACGUUCUUGCUUGUGCAUCACUACGCCUUAAAUUUGCUAAUAAACAUAUGAAGUCAGAGACGACCAGCUACUUAGAAAGCGCUGCUGUAAGCAAGGCGUUAGACUUUUGUGAAUAUAAACCCAGUUAUCUUCUUGAUCCAGCAAACUUAGUUGGCUUUGGACAGUAUCAUGGAGUUUAUAGACAUGCUCACAAAACCUACAGCUUUCCGUAUUCAAAUGUCGAUGGAAUAGCUAGGAAUCCAGCGGCAGGACCAGCAUUUAUGGCUGAAAAUCCUUUAGAAGAACAAGAAGCACGGUCGGUAGUUGACAAAUACAUAACUGCACUUGAGAAAAGUUACGAUGGGUAAGUCGUUUGCUUCAUAAGUAGUGUGUAUAGUCAAUAUAACGAGACGAUUAUGCAUAUCAAAAUUCUCAUUUGUAGUACAUUGGAACUGCAUCGACCUCAAGAUAUACAGCUUUACUGCGCUCAAAGCAUACAACUGUAUGCCACAGAAUAAUUGUGCUGUGUCUUAACCCACAAAUGAACAGCAAAGAAAGUUGCCUAUCAUCGUUAUGUUAUUUCGUAAUGAAUACCACACUAUUUAUAUUCCUCUCUAAGUUCCUGCCGAAACAUAAAGAAAAUUUAGAAAUUAAAUGAAGUUCGAUUCUCCAGCUCCACCUAAUUCCGCGGGUUAUAUGAAGCACAAUCAUUUCAUUGAGUCACACUUCAGUCUUUCAUAUCGUGUUGUUGUCAGAUCAACCCCUAAACAAGUUGGAGGAAUUUUACACAACCAUCUCAGUUCGAUCGACUCAAAUACUUGCGCAUUGUAAUACAGUCGACGUCGUAAUUCAAGCGAAACAAUUUUCCUUUCGCAGAAACCGACACAAAACUGUCUUCGACGAUGAGGCCUCUAUUGAAACCUCAUGCACUCGGCUCAUUCUCAACACUGGGUAAGGACGGAGAAAUAUGUCAACUUAACUCCUCACAAUUUUGAACCUGAGACUAGCGACAAUUAAGAAGCAUUCAUUUAACCAUAGUUAUUAGAGGAGACUGGUUAUGAAAAGCGGCAAACAUCAAUGAUAAAAACAACAGUGCUGCAGUUUAUGUUCAAAGCACCGUGAAAGUGCACAAUCCUUUGUUUUCUGUUGGCAAAUUGUUACGGAAUAAAUUAAUGCAACGUUUUUAUUGGUCAAUACAAUCAAAAUGAUAGGAAUUCUUUUGAACGUUGUGCACUUUCAGGUCCACAAAAACAUAUAACAAAGGAGUCUGACGGGUUUCAUAACCAUUCCACUCAAUUAACUAUGAUUUAACUCGCUGAACACUCGUCUAUAUCGGCCUUUACGCCUCAGUGGUGACUAAGGAACUGGUCUGUUAUUUUACACAUGUGAAAAAAGUGUUCACAGGACUUCCAAUAGAUCAUUUUGUUACUUUGUGACCUUUCAGAUCUUUCUUGCAAGCUGCUGAUACAAAAAAAACCAAAGGAAAUGAUGAAGCUUUUCUCAAAUAUUUCAUUAAGAAUUGACAUAAAAAUCUAAAAUCGUCAUUUCCAAAUAUUUGCUUUGUUUUUCUAACAAAAAGAAAACCAGAACAAAGGCGACUGUUCAACAAUGCCACGUGGUCUUUUCAAACAAUCUCAUUUUCCUUAUUUUUGCAUGUACUUAUCUGUAAAAUCUUGGACAGACCAGGCCCAUAAACUGCAAGUUUUUUUUUCGCAUUAUUUGCUGAUUAAAGCCGGGGUAGUUUGUUGGUUGAUAUUGCGACUGUUGCAGCCGGGAGACCACUCUUCACCAGAAGCACGUACGCAGUUAUUUCUUUAAUUUACCAGAGAAAAUUCAGCUGCAGAGAUUUCUCCUAGUUUCUUCACUCAGGCCGUGUACACAUUAUUAAUAUACCGAAUAGCAGGUAUAUUAUGAACGGCAACGGCGCAGAGGUGGAACAAGUCGUUCAUACAUCCAACAUCGUGUCGGAGCAGUUGGUGAACUAAAUCCUAGCGCUCACUCCCGAGUAUUUACUUACGUCUCAGUAGGUUCCAAUCUUCUUUCCUACUUAUUCACUUCCGCUAUUGUGCGAAUACCUAGUCACACUGGACCAAAGUGUGGAAAAAACUAUCCGAUAUGUGACUCUCCACUUUCGAUCGAGAGGGCGACGUAGCUUCGCUCCGUUAAGAGGAGAAAUCGUACCGAAAUCCCCGUUCUUAUCUGUAAACAGAAGCCCUAUCCGGUAUGCUUUCCGUGGCGCCGCAAAAGCUGUCCUGUGUAAGGGUUAACAUAGCCUGAUUUUAAAAUUAAAGUGAAUCUUCUCUAUGAAGAUAAGACGCUUGCUUGAUAUGUACUAUGCAGUUUAUACAAUUUGAACUUAUAACAAAAUCACUGUGGUUUAAUUUGGAGCAAAUGAACUGGCUUCGUGCAGAAAAUUGCACAACGCUGUUACGAUACAGAGCAAUAUCAUUGCUACUUCAGUAGGGACAGUGUUAGAAGUUACAUCAACUUCUUGCAAGUAAAAAGCUACAAAUUUAUAACUUUUGCUGUUUAUUGAGCCGAUAUGACAUUUGGGUUUGCAACACAAAAGGUGGGACUCCUAGUCUUACAUCCAUUCUACGUUUACUAAAACAACUAACUCAUAAAACAGAAUUAAAAAGUCUCAAUGCUGAGUCCGAGAAAUGGAAACCUCUCCUCGGCCACUUCUAUUACUGAUUUUAGCUCAAUUAUUUUUUUCCUCUGUGCGACCUUCCCCAAUGUGCGUAAAGCCUAUUCCGAGCUAGCAAACAACUGUGUGUGCAUUACUAAGACAUAUUUUUUCCAAUUCAUAAAAACGACCAUCGUAUUUUAAAUAACACAAAUCAUUGUUAUCUUUAACUACUACAUUGCAGUACUGUAUAGAGGUUUGUUUUUUCUUAACCUCUUUUAUUUCCGCCUUCUUACUUUUUUUUGUCAUAUUAUCAUUGUUAUUGUCAAUGAAGUGCAAAAAGGUAAUAAUAAUAAUAAUAAUAAUAAUAAUAAUAAUACUUUAUUAAACUCUUCUCAAAUUGAAAAUUAAGUACAAAUUUAGUAUAACUAUAGUUAAAAAAAGACUUCUUGGUGGUCUGGUGGUUUUCAACAGAGCAAAUGUAAACAACUGUCUAUAAACUAAAAAACAAAGAAAAUUUCUAUGUUCAUCCCAAUGAUAAAUAUAAUAAUUAUUAAAUUUUACUAUUUACAGAUUCAAGAAUAUGAAAUAUUAUAAAAUAUAUACCCUAUGUACAUUCUUCUUGUGUACGAAAGAGAAUUAUCGUAAAAUGACUAUCUAAAGACUACUAAUAACAAUUAUAAAAAGCAUCAAAAAGUUAAUAAAAAAAAAUAAAAACUAUUUAAAAAUAAUAAUUCAAACUGAUAAAAAGUUACUACUUAAAUAGUCCACAGUCCACAGUUUUCUCCGUAGUCCGUUGACCGAAACGCGCUUAAGUAUCUCGAACUGCUACAAACGUGACAGCCGGCAUAAGUAAGUUAAGAGUACGGUAAAAUCAGUUGAAUAGCUGUGCUGGGCUUUUUGCCACUCACGAGUAAAAUAACCUUUCCUGCCAAUCAGGUUGUUGGAGGUUGCGAAAAGUUGUGGCAGGUAGCAGAGAGAAGUUCUACCUUUUACAACAAAAUCUGUACAUGCAGCGUAUUUCACCGGCCAAGGGCAAACUUGUUUGUAGCAAGUGACGAAAAGCUACGGAAAAAAGGGCAGGAAACUAUGUGCAACUUGUUUUGCAGCAUUACUGCAGAACGAGUUGAAAAGAGAUGUUCUGCGUUUAACCUCCCACGAAUUAAAGCCAAAUCAGGUUGCCGCAGGUUGCAGAAACUUUUAAAGAAGAAUAGUUCUAUUUUUUUGCAACAACCUUUAGCAACAUGCAAAAACUUAAUUUGUUUCAAGAAAGGUUUGAUUCGUGAAUGGUAAAACGUGCAACGUCGCCUUCAAUUCGUUUUUCAGUGAUGUUGCAAGGCAAGUCUGAGUUGCACGUUUUUGUUCCCCGUUUUACCACCAACGUUCAAGCCCUUCUUGCAGCAAAUCAGGUUUCUCCAAGUUGCGUGAAAUACUGACAUCUAAUUGGAUAAAUUAAGCGCCGAAAGUCAAGUCAUACACGGGUUUUAAGACACUUGCUGCAAAAGAAAUUUGUCUUGGACUAGUAAAAGCGCAGCAUGUACAGAUUUUUAUCAGUUUUAGGUAAUGUUCUUUUGCGAAUAUUUAUGUAUCUUUUUGUGCCAACACUGCUUAUCAAAAUUUUAUCAUAACCUGCAAACUGUACUCUCUCGUCACUUUACCAACUGAAAAUUUCAAGUUUCCUACAAGCUCGCCAAACUAAUUUGUUCCUCGACUGAAAGUUCUUGUAUACCAAAUAAAGUUCAGAGAAACCGUUGAGGCAGUGAACCGUAACUAGAAGUAACUAGAAAGUCCUUCAAAAUUCAUCAGCUAAUGUGAAAUUGUUUUGGAACUUCGACAACGACUUUCUCAGUGGUAGAGCGAGCCUGCAAUUGGAAUUUUCGGGAAAUCGCGCGUAAACUUAAAGUUAAACCUCGCCUAACUUUUACGUUUAUGCGCGGCCUUUCACACACGAGCCUCUGAUUUACGUACGUGAAAAUUACGCGACAGUCAACCGAAGCUAAUAAGCGCACGUUUUCUUUGCCCUUUCUCAGGAUUCCUUACGCGCGUUAAUGUAAUCUUAUUCUCCAGGGGCCCGUUUCUCGAACUUCCCGGUAACUUUUCGGGCCCGAAAUCAAAUAUUCAAAUCGAAAUAUAAAAAAUAAGAGCACGAGUCCUGGCUAGCGAACUACUCCAUUUUGUUUCAUUAACUGAUAGUUUUAUCAUGUUAGAUGCAAAACUAUUGAAACCUCGAUCUUUAAUGUAAACGGGAACAGCUUACCGGGCCCGUUAAUUAUCGGGACUUUCGAGAAACGGUCCUCAGGGCCGGGUUGUUCAAAGCUGGUUUAAGAUGACCCGGGGUUAGUACGAAAUUUGAAACUAACAAAUCAGAGCUCAAAGAGCAAAUUCAGUUUAAUUCUCUUUGCCUACAAUUUGAUGAUUGGAUACUCUAAAAAUAAUAGAGAAAAUUAUUCGAGAGAGUGCUUUUGCUAAAAAGUAAAAGAAACCCAGGUUAAAAUUUAACCCCGGGUUAGCGCUAACCAGCGUACGAACAACUGGGCCCAGUCUUUUUCCUUUUAAAACGAACUAGGCUUAUUUUGUGAUCCUGUCUAAAUCUUCAUAUUCGUUUUCACCAGAGUAAAAGGUUUCUGAUUGGACAAUAUUGAUCAGGAAUAAAAUGUUUCUUUUAAACUGCAGGAAAUACAAAUUCAGAUCCAUUAAGCACGUAGAAAUGAAAGCUGACCCUCAGAAAGGGAAGAGAUAUCUCCUUGAACUUGUUGUUCAGGACCUCAGUGAUGGAAAAAGUUAUUUGUUGGCGGAAUAUGUAUUUCUACCGAAUGGAAAAGACGCUUCUUUAUGUUACCCCAGUGGUCUGCAGUGGGACAAGAAAGCGGAUGUCUUCUUAAUACUUACAGCAAAGAACCUGGGUCGAUGGGUUCAUCAUUUUAUAAAGAACGUUGAAAAGAUCGUGCAAGAAACAAAAGAUGACCAUUUACACGUGGUUAUUUAUGACUUUGGGAGCCCCGAUAUUGACAUUGAACAGGCUUUCCAAAGAAGCACCUUGAAGAAUUACCAUUUUAUCAUAAAGCCUGGACGCUAUUCGCGCACAGCCUCUUUUAGUGAAGCUAUAAAAUCUAUUAAUAAUUCGGACGCUAUUGUUGUUACCAUCGAUCUUCAUCUUGAUAUUGGAAGUCAGACCAUAAAUGACAUACGCAAGGUAAGCUCUCUGUCAAUAGGGAGUUUAAGCAACGACGUUUUUGAGCGGCGCGCGUCAACCGGAAGUGGAAUUUUUGCAAUUUUGGGCCGUGAUUUUGAACAAAUGUUCUAGCAGAUCGUCUCUGUCAGAGUAAAGACACCUAGCAAUACAAAUUUGGUAGCAUCAAGGCAUAUUUAAAGGCUGAAGGACCCACUUCCGGUUGAAGUGCGUCGACGUCGUUGCUUAAAACUCCCUAUUAUUGGGCCCCGUCCACACCUGUGCGAUUUAAUACACUUGGAAACGACCUUUGGUAAAGUUGGUCAAGUCAAGUCUGUCUCGGCCGGCCUAGAAUAGACGUAAUAGACGAAUGAAUUCAAUAGAGAAUGCGCAAUUUGCUUUGGUUUCUCUAAAUGAUCUUGCAGCCUAAUGACGUCAACUGAGUGGGUCAAGAAACGAAAUUGAAAAAAUAACAGCAACAACUCCUCCCUCCUGCAAUCUCGACCCCUGAGCUUUUCUGUGCAUAACCGCUGCCGAGUCAGGAGCGUAAGCACGAGGAUCGAGAAUACCCGCUCUUGUUGUUUUCAAAAGCCUCGUUUUCAUUAGUGACCAAAAAUGCCUUUAGAAAUUCGAAAUCAGGAUACAUUUGAUAUUCCCCCACUCCUCACUGUUCUUUCGCUUUCGCACAUUAAUCGACUUCUAUUUCCAUUCAGCACUGUUCCAAAGGAAAGACAGUUUACGCUCCUCAAAUCGUCUUCUUGCAUUGUGGUGGCAGUAGCAAUAUGCCCAGGGGAGUCUGGUAUCACUAUAGUUAUGGCACGAUAGCAAUGUACAAACGGGACUGGGAAACCUUCGGAGGAUUUUCACAAGGUUUCUUUAACAAAGUCACGUGGGGUGGCGAGGACUGGGAUAUAAUUGACGGUGCUGUUAAGGGUGGACUGGAAAUAGAACGCAAGCGGGCGCCAUGGAUUUAUCAUUACCAUCACACGAAAGACGGAAUGUGGCAAAAACGUUAGAUGGCCUCUUUUUGUUUUUAUUUUGGUUGUGUUCGUUAAUUUUGUACUCGUACUCCCUUCUCAUAGCCUAUGUGACAGGCGUUAAAAGAGGAAGGAGGAGGGAGAAUUUGGGCGCUCAGGCUACCCUAGCUUUCUCAUCUCCCUCUCCUCCCUGUAUCACAAACGCGACUGUGAAAGAGUCAGCCCAAACUGCUUGCAAAGACGUCUGGAGACGAGUCAG